AUGAACCUGGACUCGUUGUCUUUUACUUUGUCACAAAUCAGUUAUUUGGUUGCGAAUUUAAACAAGAAAAAUUUUCGAGAGAGUGCCCAGGAAAUAUCGGUUUUGGUGCAGUGGAAGGGUCUGGAGGCAGACAGACACUUGCUGCGCUGUUUGUUCUCAUACGUAGACUUUUCAACUGGAGAGCCACCUGAGCCAAGCGCGAAGGACUAUUAUCAGGUGCAGCUACUUGCGCAAGAGUGUACCAAUCUUCUUAGCAAGCCUUCGUUGAUCUCUAAUCUCUGUUACGCCAUAGAUCAUCCCCUUCACCAGCAAAAGACUUUAAAUCCAUCCUCAAAGUUUUUUCCACAUCUGAGGAAGGUCCUUGGCCUAACGCUUGUCCAGGAGGUUGCCUUUGCGAUUGCUUUGCUGCACUCGGAGAACGCGGACAUACGGACAUUAGCUUUAGAGCAAAUCCAGAAGCAGCUGCCUGGAUUGAUUAAAAAUUAUAUCAACUCUGAGAUUAGUAAUAAACACCACGAAGAGGGACUGCACGACUCAUCACCUGAGGUUUUGUACCUUAUCCUCUCUGAGGUCUUUCACGAACCUAACCAAUUUGGUCUUUCGUCUGAGGGAAAAGAAAAAUUUCUCAAGAAUUUAAGGCGUGACUUUCCCCGUGAACUGGUACCAGUGGUGCUAGCACCACUUUUGUAUCCAGGCGACGGGGAAACUCCACAAGCCACUAUCGAGUUAAACAUGGCUGCCAACCCAAUGGAUGGCAGUUCUCUAGUAGAAUUGAUUAUGGAACUUGGAUAUGGAUUCACCACCAACGUAGAAGAAUGUCGCGCGGCAUUAGCAGGACUUGGUGCCAGGGAGAUUUCCCCAAUAUGUACUGCCAGAGUACUGGCGCAUAUGGCCCGUAGUUGCAGCGGCCUCGAAGAUGCUGGAGGUCUACAAUCCUUUUGGGGAAACUCAGCAACUUCUCAGGACACAGGCAAAGAGAAAACUUCGGAUGGCAGUACACCAUCUACGUGGAACGUCGAAGUUUUUGUUCAAACCCUUAAAGAGAUUCAAUCUACUUUGUCAUGGAACGAAGUCAUCUUAAAGCUAGACCACACAGAAUUCAUCCUCAAGGACAGACAAGGAUUGAAUCUCUUGAUCACAGGUUUACGACUAGGACUACAACAUCAAGGAUAUCCGUUGGAUAUGUUUCCUGUCGAACUAUUUUAUCGUCAUUGGGACAAUGUGGAAGGUCAAUUUUCUUUAGUGCAGCAAGUUCUUAAGAACCCGGAUAUAUUCUGUUUCGCGGAUUAUCCUUACCAUUCUGUCACGGUCGAUGUGCUCAAGGCAGCUCCAGAAGGAGAUAGUAAAGAGGCCCAAACCUGGAGAUCGUUAAAUGUAGUCGAAUUACUUUUACAUAUGGCGGAACGAGGACUUUAUGGACCUGUACAAGAAAUAUUCAAGUGGCCCAUUCAACACUGCCCGGAUGUUCUUGUAUUAGCGUUACUACAAAUCAAUCCACCAAUUACAAUACUUAGACAAGAAUUACUCAGCACUCUGAUGCCCAUCUUCCUUGGAAAUCAUCCCAACUCUGCAGUUAUCCUUCAUCAUGCCUGGCAUGCUAAUAAUUUAAAGAUUAAGUCCAUCAUAAUGCACGCCAUGGCUGAGUGGUAUUUACGCGGUGAUCACGAUCAGACAAGACUUUCUCGCAUCCUAGAUGUUGCUCAGGAUCUCAAAGCCUUGUCCGCAUUACUUAAUGCACAGUCCUUUCCGUUCGUCAUCGACCUAGCUUGCUUGGCUUCGCGACGAGAAUAUUUAAAGCUUGAAAAGUGGCUUACUGAUAAAAUCCGCGAUCAUGGAGAAGUGUUUGUGGCUGCCUGCGUAAAGUUUUUACAACGGCGAUGUCCUCAAGUUAUGGGACCCGGUAUGAAGGAAGAUCCUACCGUUCCCAAAGCCAGUCAAUUACCCCAGGAAACAUUAACGACCAUCCUUGCUUGCCUACAAGUAUGCGCUGGAAGCGUUUCUCAGGAAUGUUCUGAAGCAAUUAUGACCAUGGUGCAAAAUUGUAGUUUAAUGCUGAGUAAAGCUAGUAUGACCAGACCUCCGCCACCAGGAGUGUUAAGACAUCGUGGACUUGAACCGUUUAACCCAGCAACGUUAGGGGGACAGUUAUUUUCUUCAAAACAAGUGGAUCCGCUUGGCAACUUAAGUUCAAGUUUAGCUUCAAUGGGUCUUGGCUCAAGUCUUGGCCCACCCAGUAGUUCUGCGUUCAAUCUACCAGGAGCCUUAGGUCCUCUAGUCUCAGCGCCAGGAUCACCAUCAAGAUUAAUGGGACCAUCACCUAGUCCAUUUCCUAUGUUACCUCUAUCUUCGCAAUUACACUCUGGUCCAGUUGGUACACAAGGUCCAUCGGUCGUACCAGGAGGCAGUGCAAUAGGAGGUCUGGGACGUCUCGGUCCUCCAACAGGCAUUGAAAAGGCACGGCUACCGGAAACGUCCAACUUAUUUCCUGAAAUGGCCCAGAAUGUGUCUAAAGAAAUAGAGGAUGAAGCCAACAGUUACUUUCAACGAAUAUACAAUCAUCCACCACAUCCGACUUUAUCAAUAGACGAAGUUCUCGACAUGCUGAAGAAGUUUCAAGACUCCGGCAACAAAAGAGAACGAGAAGUUUUCAACUGUAUGCUUCGCAAUCUCUUUGAAGAGUAUCGAUUUUUUCCUCAAUAUCCGGACAAGGAGCUUCAUAUCACAGCACAACUAUUUGGUGGUAUUAUCGAGAGAGGUUUGGUUAAUAGUUAUGUGACGCUUGGACUAGCAUUAAGAUUUGUUCUUGAUGCAUUGAGAAAACCAGAAGGUAGUAAGAUGUAUUACUUUGGAAUCGCAGCGUUGGAUCGAUUCAAAAGUCGACUGAAAGAAUAUCAAACUUAUUGCGAACACGUUAGAACGAUUCAACACUUCAGUGAAUUCCCACCACAUUUGAUUGAGUACAUUGAAUAUGGGCUGCAGGGGCAGGAGCCUCCUUCAAGACCUCAGGGUCCUGUUCUUCCAAAAACGCUAGCAGCCAUGCUCGCACCAGUUACCACUCCUUAUAAGACGAUUACGACAACGACAAUAACUACUAGUACCACGCAAGCCAAACCAUCUACGACUCCUACCACGUCUCUUCCUGGCAGACCAUCAAUUGCAAAUGCUACUAAUAUUGACACAUUACUCGUGGCGACGGACAAGGAGGAAAAGAUUACGUCGCCACCAGAAGCCCUCCAGGACAAGACAGCCUUUAUCUUCAAUAACCUCAGUCAACUUAAUUUACAACAGAAAUGUGAUGAGAUACGUGAAAUCGUGACCGAGGAAUAUUGGCCGUGGAUGGCCCAGUAUUUAGUAAUGAAACGUGCCAGUAUAGAACUGAACUUUCACGUUCUCUAUUCAAACUUCCUAGAUUGUCUCAAGUUGCCGGAAGUUAACAAAAUGGUGACCAGAGAGACAUUUAGGAAUAUCAAGGUGUUGUUGAGAAGUGAUAAAGGAAUUGCUAAUUUCUCUGACCGAUCGCUUUUAAAAAAUCUUGGACAUUGGUUGGGAAUGCUUACGCUUGGCAGGAAUAAACCAAUUUUACAGAUCGAUAUAGACUUGAAGAGCUUACUUGUGGAAGCUUAUCAUAAAGGACAGCAGGAACUGCUUUAUGUUGUGCCGUUCGUUGCCAAAGUAUUAGAGAGCUGUGCAAAAAGUCGAGUUUUUAGACCACCAAAUCCUUGGACAAUGGCUAUUAUGAAUGUACUAGCUGAACUUCAUCAAGAACCUGAUCUCAAACUAAAUUUGAAGUUCGAAAUCGAAGUUCUCUGCAAAAAUCUUAAUAUCGACGUAGCCGAACUGAAACCAGCUAUUUACUUGAAAGAUCCUGAAAAACUACGUAAUCUGGAAUAUCAAUUGUCACAUCCUAAUAAGAAAUCAGAGCCCGUGAAUAAUCCUCCGCAAACGCAGGGUCCUAUGGAGGAGCUAGUUGGGCCUACAGCGGCUGGACCAAUGGUACCCCAGCCAGCGCCUCCUGCAAACACAACACCUUCUUUGCCAACAGGCCCACCUGAACCACGUUUCAAUUACAUGGAUAUAUCUGUUACUGGAAUUGCCAAUAUUUCUCAGCAUAUUACAGUCAACAACCAAUUACCUCUAUUCCAAACUCAUCCACAUCUCAAGCAAUUUAUUCGCCUAGCUGUGGAAAGAGCAAUCCAGGAAUGGAUUCAUCCCGUAGUGGAUCGUUCCAUUAAGAUAGCCCUAACAACUAGUGAACAAAUCGUAAGAAAAGACUUUGCCCUGGAUCCUGAGGAGGUCAGGAUGCGAACAGCAGCACGACAUAUGGUUCGGAAUCUUACUGCUGGCAUGGCCAUGAUUACAUGCCGUGAUCAGGUAAACCAUGAUCAGAUUCUAGCUUCGAUCAGCACUAACUUAAAGCAAGCUUUUGGAGCGGCUAUGAUUGGAACGACUCCCCAGCAGAAAGAACUUAUAGAACAAGCAGCAACUGUUGUAGCUGCAGAUAACAUGGAACUGGCAUGCGCCUUUGUACAAAAAACUGCCAUUGAAAAAGCAAUACCUGAAAUGGAUAAGCGAUUACUUAACGAAAUAGAAUUGCGGAAAAUUGCACGCCAGGAGGGAAGACGAUAUUGUGAUCCUCUGGCCAAGUACCAGGCGGAGAGGAUGCCUGAACAAAUUAGAUUAAAAGUAGGUGGUGUCACGCCUCAACAAAUGGCAGUGUACGAAGAAUUUGCAAGGAAUAUUCCUGGAUUUUUGCCACUGUCAGAACGUGAUACUCAAGCACUCUUCAUGCCAAAACCAAUUAGUGAACCAGCUGUUACCGCCUUCACAGCAAAUCCUACAGUCGCCGUUGCAACAGCUCAACAAGUUGCUGCGUAUGCAGCAGCUGUUAGCAAUGAUGAAGUCGGUGCAAUGUUAGAGAAACUUGCAACCGAAGUUGAACUUUUAUUACGAGAGGCUGCGAUGGGUCCUGCUGCACCACCUCCACAACAUGCUGCUCUACAUAAUCUCUUAGAUUCAAUCAUUCUAACAAGACGGUCCAGGGAUGCUGGUGCUGCUAUGGCUUUACUGAAAAAGGCUGUGGAAGGAUUACUAGAUGGUCCUACUAUUUCAAGCGGUGUAAUAGACUCUGAGGUAUUGCUGAGAUAUCGUGAGCUUCAUCUGCGAAUCUUAAAGUGUCUUCAAGAUCCUCGUGCUUAUGGCAUGCAAUGGACCAACAAACACGUUACUCGUUGUUUGACUGAAUGCAGGGAAGAGUUUCGAUACAACUUUGAAGCGGUGGAUUGUCUCAUUAGAUCACACUUGUUGAGUCUACCGCAAUAUGAUUUAGCGCUGGCUCAGGCUAUGGAUGCUGGCAAUGCAAUGGCUACAGCUUUUGCGAUGCAACUCGUCCAACUUUACCUGAUAGAUGAAAGACAAACAACGCAUGUUACAGAAUCUGAUCUCUUCCAUACAAUUGAGAUUCUCGCUAGGAUGGCUCACCUUCGUUCUCCUCCAGAAGGACAGCAGUUGAUUUUAAGCAUCUCAUUAUUCCGACUCACUAGCCUGAUUGAGUCCUUACGUGCUAACCACGAUCCGGCCGUAUUAGCGGAUCGUGCACCAGCUGGUCCUACUGCUCAUAUUCACUCUGGAAUUCUCCAAGUGCGAUUCAUUACUUCUGAUCAUCAGGCCCGUGACUUCGACGACCCACCGGGACUCAUGGAGAAGACCGAAUAUUUGUUACGUGAAUGGGUGUCUAUGCAUCACAGUCCCACUCAUGCUCGAGAUCCGACAAAGGCAUUCGGCAUGUUUGUCCACCAAAUGAACAUCCACGGCAUCCUAAAGACAGACGAUCUCAUUACUCGCUUCUUCAAGCUGAGCACGCAAAUGUGUGUUGAUUUGUGCUACAGAGCUUUAGCAGAAGCUAACGCAGCUCCAUCAGUUGUUCGUGCCAAAUGUUUUCACACCUUGGACGCUUUCGUGCGCCUUGUCGCCCUUCUCGUGAAACAUUCCGGUGACACGACUAACACCCACACUAAGAUUAAUCUGUUGAACAAAGUCUUGGGCAUUGUGGCCGGUGUUCUACUUCAAGAUCACGAGAUGCGCGGAACAGACUUCCAACAGUUACCUUAUCACAGAAUUUUCAUCAUGCUCUUCCUUGAAUUAUGUGCUCCUGAACCUGUUCUCGAAGCCGUUAACUAUCAAGUUUUGACUGCCUUCUGCCACACCCUGCAUAUUCUGCGACCAGCGAAGGCAUCCGGAUUCUGUUACGCCUGGCUGGAACUUGUUUCCCAUCGUGUAUUCAUCGGUCGCAUGCUCGCCAUCACACCACAACAGAAGUGCUGGGGAAUGUACGCGCAACUUCUCAUUGAUCUCUUCAAGUACCUCGCGCCUUACCUGCGCAAUGCCGAAUUGGCCAAACCAGUGUCACUCUUGUACAAAGGCACGCUAAGAGUACUCCUUGUGCUGUUACACGACUUUCCGGAAUUCUUGUGCGACUAUCAUUAUGGAUUCUGCGACGUAAUACCACCAAACUGCAUACAGAUGAGGAACCUCAUUCUCAGUGCGUUCCCAAGAAACAUGCGUCUGCCGGAUCCAUUCACGCCCAACCUUAAAGUCGACAUGCUCCAGGAGAUCGCUCAUGCACCUAGGGUACUUACGAACUUUGCAUCGAUGAUUCAGCCAUCAAAUUUCAAGAAGGAAUUGGAUUCAUAUCUAAAGGCUCGUGCUCCAGUUACGUUCCUAUCGGAAUUGCGUAGCAAUCUUCAAGUUUCCCAGGAAGCUGGUAUGCGUUAUAAUAUCCAAUUGAUGAACGCUUUAGUGCUCUACGUUGGCACGCAGGCCAUUGCCUUUAUUCGAAGCAAAGGGCAUACACCAAAUAUGUCGACCAUUGCUCAUUCUGCGCACAUGGACAUUUUCCAAAAUCUGGCUGUUGAUCUUGAUACCGAAGGCCGUUACUUGUUUCUUAAUGCUAUUGCGAAUCAGCUUAGAUAUCCAAACAGUCAUACGCAUUACUUCAGUUGUACUUUAUUGUAUUUGUUCGCUGAAGCCAAUACUGAAGCUAUUCAAGAACAAAUCACGAGAGUGCUACUGGAAAGGCUGAUCGUUAACCGCCCUCAUCCAUGGGGACUUCUUAUUACAUUUAUCGAGCUCAUCAAGAACCCCACGUACAAAUUCUGGACGCACGAGUUUGUCCACUGUGCACCAGAGAUUGAAAAGCUGUUCGAGUCCGUAGCUCGUUCGUGCAUGGUCCAAAAACAAGUUCAACCCACUCCGGAACCGGAGAUCCCAGAGUGAUAAAAGGUUUUAUUUUUCAUUAUCAAUUUUGUGUACAGUAAAUUCGUGAAUACGAAUCGCGUGUAAAAAGUUGUUAAUCUACGAAUAUAUGUACUAUACCUUGGGCUUUA